AUGGCAUCAAACAAAGUUGCUUUCUUCUUGAUUCUUUGCUUAUGUGUUCUCUCAACCGCAGAGUUUGGAGAAGCACAAAUCCCAACGGGAAUAAAAUGCCAAGAUCCAAACGGCAAGGACAUAAAAUCGGAGUGUCUAAUCUACUGUACAGAUGUUGGUUAUCUCGGUGGUAAUUGCCAAGGCUACAAAAAUCAUUAUAUGUGUGAGUGUUAUGAAGGAUAA